AUGCGUUUCUGGGGGGUUCCAUUCGCUCAGCCGCCGGUCAAUGACCUCCGCCUACGGCAUCCUGUUCCCUACAAUAAGCGAUACAAAGCGUACCCUGCGACAUCGCAGCCUGCCAAUUGCCCUGGAUACGCCGGGUUCGACGUCGGUAUUGGUCGGUUGAGUGGGGACUGCCUCUACCUCAAUGUCGUUGUGCCUGACAAUGCUUCCUUGCAUGGGCGGUUGCCUGUGUUGGUUUGGAUCUACGGCGGCGGCGUCGCCGAUCCCAGAUACAACAUGCCCUAUAUUGUGCAGCAGUCUGCGACAAUCGGCAAACCCCUCAUCUUUGUGUUUAACAAUCCCUCUAGGAAUCUGUCCAACUAUAUAGGAUCGUAUCCUUCCUAUCAUGAGCUGUCAGAGUUCAUGUCUCGGUCUUGGGUCUCUUUUGUGCAUGAUCUGGAUCCGAACGGGCACGCGGUGGACGGUGCACCAUAUUGGCCACAAUAUGAACAGUCACAACCGCAGAAUAUCGUCUUUCGCACUGUGGACGACUUCAAUUGGAAGGGGAGCUAUAGAAUGGAUCAGCUCAAAUGGUGGAAUGCGCACUGGUCUACUUUGAGAUCUUGA